CAUGGAGCUUGUGCGAACAUUCGAGCAAAAUCUAGAGAUGGAUCAUCGAAUGAACUGGAGCUGCUCACAAAUAUAUAAAAUAGCGUUGGCACUCACAGCUCGACAUCAGUUUCAUUCAAAAUUGCAAGCAAACGCAUCGUGAAGAGCGCUAAACACCAACCUACCAACAAGCGAUUCAGUGAAAGUGGAAGUAUAAAGUUCUAUCAAUAAGAUUAUUCAGCAGCUAGAUAUUGUAACUGGAAGAAAGAUGGCUCUUGUACCUAUUUUGCUACGAGAUCUGCUAAAUGGCUAUUUGGAAGAUAAGCCAGCUCGACUUCUGAACAAACGACCCAUUGGAAAUGGCCUCUACCCGGAAGAUAUUCUGCUCGCAUUGGAGGACACAUUCCCGAGACGAUGCAGACGGAAGCGAUGUUGGCGCAAAUCAGAUUGUGCCGAAGAGGACCAGGAUGAGAUCGUUUGCAAGAAAUCAGCUGACGAAUUUCAAGUUAACGUCAACGUCGAGGACUUCAAGCCCGAUGAAAUCUCAGUGAAAGCAACUGAUAAAUUUGUCACCGUUGAAGGCAAACAUGAAGAGAAAGACGACAAGAAUGGUUACGUUUUGAGGCACUUUGUUCGACGAUAUCAACUGCCAGAAGGACACGAUAACGAGAAAAUUGCGUCGACGUUGUCGUCAGAUGGAGUUCUUACUAUCAGUGCGCCGAAAUUGGCUCUCCCUGGCCCGCAAACGGAACGAUCUAUUCCAGUGGAGAAAGUCUCUAAGCCAGAGCAGUUAUCGGAUAAACAGGAAAACCAAAGCGACCAAAACAUUACUUUAGAAGAUCUAGAUGAAUAGUGUUAGAGUCAGAUAAUUAGACUUAGAAUUGUAGCUAAAUUUGUGUGGUAUGUCUUUUCUAUGUAAAAAUAUAAAUUAUUGAUUCAAAUCAAAAUAA